CCUCAGUUUACAAACUGCCUCUGACAGAAGAACACAUGAACAUAGAUGGAUGCAGGAAGUUUAACUUUGGAGAAGAAAGCAUGAGGCAGAGUCGUACAAUAAUGCUUCUUGGAGCGACAGGAGCAGGAAAGUCCACUCUGAUCGAUGGGAUAAUCAACUACAUUGUUGGUGUCGAGUGGGAGGACAGUUUCAGGUUUAAAUUCAUUAAUGAGGAUCAGUCAACAUCACAAGCUCACAGUCAGACCUCUGAAGUCACUGUUUACAAAAUCAACCACCAGGAGGGAUUUCAAAUCCCGUUCUCUCUGACCAUUAUUGACACUCCAGGCUUUGGAGAUACAAGAGGCAUAGAAAGAGACAGAGAGAUCACAGAGCAGCUACGUAAUCUCUUCACUUCCUCACAUGGUGUCAGUGACAUCGAUGCUGUGUGUUUUGUAGCUCAGGCUGCUUUAGCACGACUCACACCAACACAGAAAUAUGUGUUUGAUUCAGUGCUCUCAAUCUUUGGCAAAGAUGUGGCAGAAAACAUCAGGAUCCUGGUGACAUUUGCAGACGGUCAGCAACCUCCAGUUCUAGAGGCGAUCAAUGCUGCAGGAGUCCCAUGUCCUAAAACAGAAGACGGACUGCCGGCUCACUUCAAAUUCAAUAAUUCAGCCUUGUUUGCAGAAAAUAAAUCAUUUGAAAGAGUCAGCAGGAGUGAUGUUGGUAAAGGAGGACGUUUUGAUCAGAUGUUUUGGGAGAUGGGGGCAGAGAGCAUAAAGAGCUUUUUUGCUGCUUUGAAUCUCAUAGAAACUAAAAGCUUGACACUGACAAAGGAAGUCCUCAGAGAAAGAAAGCAGCUCGAGAUUUCAGUUGAGAAUCUCCAGGAGCAGGUGAAACUUCGGUUAGCCAAGACUGAGGAGAUAAAAGAGACGAGUGAAAAACUUAAAGAUCAUGAAGCAGAGAUCAGCAGAAAUGAGAACUUUGAGAUUGAAGUGACUGUCCCAAAAAUUAUUAAAAAGGAUAUUUUGGGCAAAAAAGAGUAUGUCACCAACUGUUCCGAAUGCGGUGUCACCUGUCACUACCCCUGUCAUAUACCAGAUGAUGCAAGUAAAAGAGGCUGUAGUGCAAUCGGAUCAGAUGGAAACUGUACUCAGUGUGAAGGCAAAUGUUCCUGGGACAACCAUCAUAAUAUGCCUUUCAGAUGGGAGAUUCAACAGGUUAAAGAGAAAAGAACACUGAAAGAAAUGAAAGAAAAGCACCAGAAAGCCACAGGGAAGAAGAUUACCUUUCAGGGAGUGGUUGACAGUCUGAAGGAUCAAUAUAAAAAUGUUCAGGCUGAAGUGGUGAAAUUAAUGGAGUGGUCCUCCAAGUGUCUGAACAGACUUAGAGAGAUAGCGCUUAAACCAAACCCUCUGUCCACUCCAGAGUACAUCGACAUGCUUAUUGAAAGAGAGAAAUCUGAGGGCAAAGAAGGCUGGAAGAAACGAGUUGAGUCUCUGAGGUCCAUGAAAGAAAAAGCAGAGCUCAUGGCUAAAACAGAGAAAGGAGAGGAACCCCUUGAUCAUUUAUAACUCCAGAACUAAAACUAAACUAAAACAAACUUUUUUUAAUAUAAAAAUCAAUUUUCAAAUCAACUUGACUUUACAUAAACGAGUGAUUAUAACUGCACUGCUGAAAGAUUAAAGACACAUUUAUUUGUGUUAAAGAAAAGCUUUAACAUAAGUGGACGUGUAUUUGCAUGAGGAAAAGCCAAAUGUGCUUUGUGCUAACAACAGUUUCAAAGUUUUUAUUUUGAUAUUCACCUUAGUUUUAGAUAUUAGUCUCAUUAUAACUUCAC